AGCCCCGACUCAGCGGCACAGGGAGGAACACGAAAGCACCUGCGCUUCGGCCUGGGGGCGGAUCUACGGCUCACGGCCCUGGGAGGAGACCCUCGCGCUCCGGGAGUGGCGCCACCGCGCGACCGUGACGUGAGGCGCGGCCGGCGCGCCAUUGGCCAGCGGCAAUGUGGCGCCCUCUGGCGCGGGCGCAGGCGAUUGGGCGCGCGGCGUUGGGAGGCGGGGCUCGGGCCGGGGGCGGGCCCUGUGCUUGGGAGAUAGGCCUGCAGGAGACAAGCGCGGCGGAGUGUCGUCCCGCGGCUGGUCUGCUUGUGAGGUCGCCGGGUCGGCGCGCAGGCUGGGCCGCGAUGCCCGAGGUGAGCACUGACGAGCUGGACGAGAGGCAGGUGCAGCUCUUGGCGGAGAUGUGCAUCCUCAUCGACGAGAACGACCGGAGGAUCGGGGCGGAGACCAAGAAGAACUGCCAUCUGAACGAGAACAUCGAGAGAGGAUUAUUGCAUCGAGCUUUUAGUGUUUUCUUAUUCAACACUGAAAAUAAGCUCCUGCUGCAGCAGAGAUCAGAAGCUAAAAUUACCUUUCCAGGUUGUUUUACUAAUACUUGCUGUAGUCAUCCCUUAAAUAAUCCACGAGAGCUUGAAGAAAACAAUGCAAUUGGAGUAAGGCGAGCAGCACAGAGGCGUUUAAAGGCUGAAUUGGGAAUUCCCAUGGAAGAGGUUCCUCCAGAAGAAAUUAAUUAUCUAACACGAAUUCAUUACAAGGCUCAAUCUGAUGGUAUCUGGGGAGAACAUGAAAUUGAUUACAUUUUGUUUGUGAAGAAGAACGUGACCUUGAAUCCAGAUCCCAAUGAGAUUAAAAGCUAUUGUUACGUAUCAAAGGAAGAACUACAAGAACUUCUGGAAAAGGCGGCCCAUGGUGAAAUUAAGAUAACUCCGUGGUUUCAAAUUAUUGCAGAGACUUUUCUCUUUAGGUGGUGGGAUAACUUAAAUUAUUUGAAUCAGUUUGUUGACCAUGAGAAAAUACACAGAAUGUAGAUGUGGAGAUGAAUGAUUACUAAAGUAAUAAGGAAUUUCUCUACUUAGUAAACUUAAGAUGAAUUUUUUAAAAACCUGGUUCCCCGUUAGAACUCUCAUUGGAAAUAUUGAUACUUUACAACGAGAAUUUGUGUGGAAAAGAAUUCUUGAUUUGUGUCAUACAACCCAUAUAUGUUAACUGCAAUUUGUAAAAAAAUAUUUAUGAGAUUAUUAUAAAAAAGAGCUAAUAAACUUAAUUUAACCUAUCUAAACAGAUUGUUAUGACAAAUUU